AUGUUCCGCAUAUGCUACCUAUUUAUAAUGCUCUACUUCAUCAUUCAAGCUUCUGCACUCUCAGAAAGAUGCAACCCGCAAGACAAGAAAGCACUCCUCCGAAUCAAGAAAGAACUGGGAGACCCAAUCACGCUCCAAACAUGGGACCAACAAACGGACUGCUGCGGCAUCUGGUACGGCGUGGCGUGCGACCCCAAAAACAACCACCGUGUGGACUUCCUUAGCCUCUCCGACCUCAACCUGUCCCAACCCUUUCCCAUUCCUUCCUCCAUUGGUGACCUUCCUUACCUCGACAUUCUCGAACUCAACCAAAUCAGUAACCUCAGUGGUCCAAUCCCCCUAGCCAUCUCCAAGCUCCCAAAGCUUCAGUUCCUCACCAUCUCCCAAACCAACGUGUACGGCGAAUUACCCCACUUUUUGUCCCAGUUAAAGACCCUUGUUUACAUCAACCUCUCCUACAACAAACUCUCUGGCCAAAUCCCCUCCUUUUUCUCUGGCCUUAGGAACCUCCAAAGAAUCAGUUUCGACGGCAACACCCUCACCGGCUCAAUCCCUCACUCCUUUGGCUACUUUUCCAACCAAAUGAGCUAUCUCACGCUCUCGCGUAACAAACUUUCUGGGACAAUCCCUGCGUCCUUGGGGAGAUUGAACCUUCUCACUGUUGACUUCUCUUGGAACAUGCUACAAGGCGAUGCUUCCAUGCUUUUUGGUUCUAACAAAAGGACCAAUGAGAUAACGCUGUCCAGCAACUCGCUGGCUUUUGAUAUUGAAAAAGUGGGGUUGCCUUCGAACUUGUGGACGCUGAAUUUGAACAACAAUCGCAUCUAUGGGAGGCUCCCUGGAGGAUUGAUGGCGCUCAAGUUUUUGACAGAGUUUAAUGUGAGUUACAAUAGCCUUUGUGGUGAGAUUCCAAGCGGUGGAAGCUUGCAGGGAUUUGAUGUGUCUCGCUAUGCUCAUAACAAGUGUUUGUGUGGCUCUCCGCUUCCUAGCUGCAAGCACAGAGCCUAA